AUGGGCAACGAAGCCAAUAAGACAGCCGCGGCUGCGAACGAUCUCAAUCCCAACGGCUUCAUCACUGACCGCGAGGUCGACGGCGAGCGGCGUUCCGUCCGCCGGUAUAACGAUGGUCGAGUAUCUGCGCGCGGUAGGAGUAUCGAGGGUACCCGCCAGGGCUCCCGGAAGAACUCCACAGGGACCGGCGGUCGCGCCAGGCCUCCCACCUCCCACCCCAGGGAUCUGGGCAGUCGAUCUACUCCUGCUGCGUCCGGUCCAUCCGAUGUCGCUGAUAUCACUGCUGCCAUGGCCAAGCUCACUGUUGACCAUCCCACUAGCCCUAAGGUAAAGAGACUCAGCAAGAAGUUGAACCUCGAUGCCGACCCGGGGAUUGAAACUGUGACCCUGCAAAACGUCACUCCUUCACCUACGCCUAGUGUGGCUUCCUCUACGUGCAGCACGGGCAGCAAGAGUUCUGUCAAUGCUAGGAUAGCGGAAAUUGAAGAUCGAGUAAGGAAGCACAUCAAGUCACGACUCCAGUCUAUCAAGGAGGAAGAUGAAGAGUAA